UCCCCAUCGGUGUUUCUCCUAUAAAUGCCGGGUUUUCCCUCUGAAUUAGGGUUCCCAAUUUCUGCUCUCUUGCUCUCGAUUUUCCGCAGCUCUUCAAAUCUUCUUCUGAAUUCGGCUAACCCCUUCGUAAGGUAAUUUCCCCCCUCUGCUUCUUUUCUUGUUCGGAUUUUUAGCCGAAAUGACUUCGAUGGAGAUUUCGUCAAGCUCUGAUUCCGGUUCGUCGGGUUCCUCCUCGGGCUCCUCUUCGGUCGAUGUGAGUGCGCGCUCCCCCGGGAAGGCCAGUAUUUCCGGGACCUCUGGUUCGGCCACGACGGUGGGGACCAUCCGGGCUGAUGGCGAGCCGGAUGAUGUGUCCCAAAGUAGUGGGAGCGAUGCCGGGGACGGGGGUGCUGACGGGGCAGUAGAUGUGAUUGACGCAGUCCCCCUGAAUGAGCGCCCUGCUGAUUAUGAUUCUGGAGAGGAGGCCGAAUCCGGUUCCGAUAUGGAGGUGUAUGACCUGGGCAUCCCUACGGAUAUGGAGCGCCACAUCUGCCCGAUCAGGAGCGCCCUUGACCAUGACCAGGUCCUCUCCCGUGUGGCCCUCAACAAAAUCCGUACCUUCUUCCCCCCGCCGUUCGUCUGGAGCGUGAGAGGCGCUGAACAUGUGAUGAGGAGACGUCCGGGGAUGAUCGUGCUUCAUUUGGACUCCGUUGAAGCCGGGCUGCGGUUCCCGCUCCAUCCGUUCUAUGUGGAAUUCUUCCACUGCUUCCAGGUGGCCCCGGCGCAGUUCAUGCCAAAUUCCUAUAGGUUCAUAUCUGCCUUUCUGGUGCGCUGCAAACUAGCGGGAGCCACUGCCACCCUGGAGCUUUUCCACUACUUCUAUCGCAUCACUCCCCAGAACUCCGAUGGUUAUCUGAGCGUGGCCGCACGUCCAGGAAGGAAGCUUUUCAAGAACUACCCUUCGUCCAUCCACGACUAGAAGAACCGCUUCUUCUUCCUUAGAUAUGAUGGGCCUCCCCUCCCAGUUCGGUGGAAUGGUUAUCCCCCAAAGAUUGAGUCACCGGAGCCGUCCGACGAUCUACUUGGGGAUGUGGAGAAGGUGUUGGAGGGUGGCGUCCGUCCAAUAGCCGAAUACCUGACCUUCGAGGCACUCUCCGGGGCAGGCAUAGGUACCGCCCGUGUCCCUGGACUCUUUUCCACCCUCCGACGCUCGUCUCGGGGCACCGGGCGGUCCUGUCCUUCGAGGUGAGUGUCCUAUUGUAUUCUCCGCUCGUCUUCUAAUCCUUUGUUGUUUCUUGCAGGUUCACCACCAGAUAGAGACCAGAUGAAUCAUGCCGAGUGCCUGAAGACGAGGAAGGCCAAGGCGGCCGCUGCUAAAGCCGCACUGGCGAAAGCCAAAAACGCCCCCGCCUCGGAGUCCAACUCCUCGGCUUCUGAUGCUGCCCGGCGAACUGCUGAGGGUGAACAGCACCUGAUCGCCACUGUGCUGGCUCAGGGUUCUGGGGCCCCUGCUCUGGAAGCUGCCCUUCCCCCGCCGGUCGUCCCGUCGAAGGCGGCUCCUCAAAAGGGGACGGAGAAGGUCCCCGAGAAGAAACAGAAGAGGGGCCGCGAGGCAGGCUCCACCGGGCCCCUGCUUGAAGACGCCGGCUCGUUGCCAUUCCGCCGCCCGGCGGAAGAACUGUGGAGGGAGAUGGCCCUCCAGGCCGGUCUUGAGCUGCCCCGCCGUUCGUCUUCUGAGGCGACCAGCGCUGCCCUGGCGGCCGCUCUUCAGUCUGGACUUCUAGUCCUUCAGGCUGAAGCUGCCAGGGAGGCCGAUCUGAAGGAAGCCAAGGCCAAGGCUGAUGCGGCCGUUGCUACGGCCCGGGAGGCCGCCCGUCGAGCUGAGGCGGAGGCUGCAGCCAAGGGGAGGGAGAUUGCAGCCCUGCAGGCUGAAUCCCGCAGCCAACUGGCCGGUCUCGAGAGAGCCGGUUUCAAGCUUGUUCCGGUGCUCCCUGCCGCCAAGGAUGCCACUCCGGAGUGGUUGGUCGACACUUCCGGCUACAGGAACACCGGUGAAUUCAUGGAUUCCGCCAAUAUUUAUUGCGCCGGGGCCUUCGGUGAUGUAUUCUCUGCGGCGCUGGCGAAGAUCCCACCCCGGCAGCGUCUGGCGAACGGGGUCCGGAUUUUGGAGAGCUCCCCCUUGUCCCACAAGUUCCUCUACGAGGUCGGCGACAGCACCUUCGCCGCCGGCUACAACGAGGGGGUUAAGGCCACUCUCCCCAUCUUCUCGAGGUUGCAAGGGGCUGAUUUCGAGCUGGCUGCGAACACGGAUGAUGAUCUGCUGCUUCAAGCCCUGGGGAAGCUGGGGAGGGACCAACGGCGGGCGGAAGCAAAGGCCAGAGGGGAGAUUCCGGAACCCCCGACCCCUGAGCCCGAGGCCGAGGAGGAAGAGCAGACUCCGGGAGGCAGCCGGCCUGGGUCCCCUUUCUUUGUAUAAUGUAAAUUGUAUUUUCCCAUUCAUGCUUUUGUAAUGUCCGGCCGUUAGAGCCGAAGAAUAUACAUGCUCUUUUGCCCAAAAUUAUCUCUACGCUC